UUUUCACAUUUAGGGGCUCUCGAGGAGUUGCCUCCAUUCAUUAACUGAAGGAGAAAAGAUCAUUGAAAACCCUAAAGAAGUCUUUAGAAGCAAUAAUCGCUCUCUUCUUCGUAGCCCCAAAGGAAAAAAAAGGAAGACGCAACCAAAUACUCAAAGGUGCUGAGAUGUGUCUGUUGAUUGCUUCUGGUCUAUGGGUUCCUGCGACAUUCUGAGUGUGUUGUUCGGUUUAGAUUUUUGCUUUGUUACAAUGGGUUAUGCUCAGCUCGUUAUCGGCCCAGCAGGCAGCGGAAAGUCAACUUAUUGCUCAUCUUUGUAUGAACACUGUGAAACCGUCGGCAGAACAAUGAAUGUUGUUAACUUGGAUCCUGCUGCUGAAAUCUUUAACUAUCCUGUGGCUAUGGAUAUCAGAGAGCUUGUUUCUUUGGAAGAUGUAAUGGAGGAGCUUGGGCUUGGUCCUAAUGGUGCCCUCAUGUACUGCAUGGAAUACCUUGAGGAUAGCUUACAUGAUUGGGUGGAUGAAGAAUUGGAGAACUACAGGGACGAUGAUUACCUUAUAUUUGAUUGUCCAGGCCAGAUAGAACUGUUUACACAUGUUCCUGUGCUCAAGAACUUUGUGGCGCAUUUGCAACAGAAGAACUUCAACGUCUGUGUUGUUUAUCUGCUUGAUUCACAGUUCAUAACAGAUGUCACCAAGUUUAUCAGCGGUUGCAUGUCGUCUCUCUCUGCAAUGAUCCAGCUUGAAUUACCACACAUCAACAUCCUCUCAAAGAUGGAUCUCUUGCAGGAUAAAAGCAACAUUGAUAACUACUUGGAUCCGGAGCCUCGCACAUUGUUGGCAGAGUUAAACGAAAAGAUGGGUCCACGAUACGCGAAAUUGAACAAAGCCCUGAUUGAGAUGGUGGGAGAAUAUGGGAUGGUGAAUUUCAUUCCGCUUGACAUAAGGAAAGAACGAAGUAUUCAGUAUGUUCUGUCUCAGAUUGAUGUCUGCAUCCAGUUUGGAGAAGACGCUGACGUUAAGAUCAAAGAUGAGGAUGAAGAUUUUGGUGAUGAUCAGUGAUUUGUUACUCUGAUUCACGGACGUUUCUCUUAAACUUCUGAACAAUCUUAGUCUUAUCAAAGGCCAAUGAACUUGUGAAAACUAUUUUAUUUGCUGAAUACCAAAACCUUAACUAGUGAGAUAUUUACAACUA